GGUACGGCAGACUACGGCCUAUACACACAAGCAAUAAUCCGAGUAGUCGACGAAGGGAGUGGAAUAACGUUGCUUUCGAUGUGAUAAGCCGGCAGUAUUGAUGUUCUGUAUUGUUUAUAAAACUAUCUGGCUCAUCAAAAAUGUAUCAAUUAAUUUUAGUGGCAUUUUUAACGUCAUCGUUUUCAAUAACUGGAGAAUGCGUGCCGACACAAAAUCCUUGCAAAUUUCGACAUCCAUCGACAGGAACAAUAUUUGAUUUCACAACGUUGAUACUUCCGUCCGAAGAUUAUGUUCUUAGAAAUGAUGGAACAAACGAGAGUGUAAAAUUCCAACUCUGCCAUGAACUCCAUGAUGAAUGGAAUGACGGUGGAACGUCGGCAGCUUGCUUGGAAUACGGAAGAGAGCAUAUUUCCAUAGGAACAUAUCCACCAAUAGUGACAAGUGAGAAUGGCAGCAUCAUUUUUCGAUUCAGUGGUGAUCCAUGCCAGGAUGAUAAACGAUAUACUCUCAAAGUUAUCAUGCAAUGUGAUUAUUCGGGAACCGAUGAGAAACCUUAUCUUUUUCCUUAUGAAAAAACACAGUGUGACGUAUUCAUUAUGUGGAAAAAUAAAUUGGCAUGCGGUGGAUUACCACCGAAAUCCGUCAAUUGUACCAUUAAUAAUGAAGCAGGAGAUGUUGUGGAUCUGAAUAGAUUAAGGAGUCAAAUGAACAAUUAUGUGAUAAACGCUACAACUAAUACGAGCUUUAUUAUUUUGAAUGUAUGCCAUUCAAUAAUUCCUGGAUAUGGGGCUGUCUGCCCAUCCAAUUCAGGGGCCUGUUUGAGAAACACCAGUACUUCUAUUUGGAGCUAUUCAAACCUUGGAGAUGUACAGCCACUGCAAUUGAUCAAUGGUACCAUUGCUCUGCACUAUGAUAUGGGGGUAAUGUGCGCUGAUGGUAGCGCCGAACAUUCUCAAACAACAAUUUUCUUUAUAUGUGAUUUUAAAUCACAUAAUACUCAUCCAGUUUUAACAAGCUCCACUGGCUGCCAUUAUAAACUGCUUUGGAAGACUGCUGCAGCAUGCAGUGAUAAACAACUGGAGGAAUACAGUUUAAAUACUGCUAGCCCAUGUAAAGUCCGCGAUCCAGUAACUAAUUUCCAGUAUGAUUUGGAGAGUCUCAAAGGCCAAGAGUACAUAAUUCCAAUUUCUAACGGAUCUUAUAAAUUAAGUAUUUGUGGACCUUUAAUGAAUAAAGCUUGCGAAGCUAAUGCAGGAGUUUGUCGAUCACCGAAUCGUAAUACAGAGGGGAAUGCUAAUUCUCAACUUUUAUGGUCUCCAAUGGGGCCAUAUCUCAAUUAUACCAAUGGUUCACUAUGUGAAAAUGGAAAACGACAUUAUACAAUCAUAGAAUUUAUCUGCUCAGAAGAAAAAGAAAAGGAUAAUCCAAAGAUGAUGAUUGAUGAAGCAUGUUACUUAAAAAUCCAGUGGCCCACGCCCCUCGUAUGUCAAACCAAAAAUAUUACUGCAUGCGACUCACACACAUCAGCUUGCUCUCAUGAAAAGAACAAUGUGACUUUUACGACAACAUCGCAGUCAACGCUGAACACCAACAACCGGAAUUUUCUUGAUAAACCUACCACUAAUCACACAACUGAAACGACUGGUCCAUUGGUUGAGGAGAAGAGUAUUGCUUCACACGGUACUGGAAUAAUCGUAUUGGUGGUAAUUUUUAUUGUCUUGGCCCUCAUCUGUGGGAUUUAUCUUGCAAAUCCCAUUCGCAGAGCAAACAUAUAUACUUCGUGCAGCUCAUUCUUUUUUCGUAGAACACCAGCUCGAAUGGCAUAUUCUCAGGAGUUGUGAACGAAAGAAAAAUUGGAGUUUCUCAAGUAUUACUUUUAGUGGUAGAUUAUGAUUAUCAUUUAUUUUUUUCUAUUUUUCGCUUCAAAAAGAUGGAGUUUGGUUUUUAUGAAAAAUCUGGCUGGUGCUUAUUAUUUAUAAGUUUUUUCAUCAAUGUAUCAAAUUACAUUUCAAUUUACUAUAAUUUCUCUCUUUUUCAUUGAUAAUAUGAAGAGAAUGACUAGAUGUUUUGUUUUGUAUUGUAUUGCUUAUGAAUUUUGUUAGUUGGAUUAUGAAAACGAAAAAGAAAAACUAUGUAUUUUUGGGUGUUUAUUUUUUGUGAUAAUGAUUGAUUUCAGGUGAAUAGUGUCGAAGAAGCAAAUUUAUUGCUAGACGCUCCGGACACGUGCUGUCAAUCCGACAGUGACGAUGACUUAUUAAGAAUAUAAAAA